GUUAAUAAUAAGAAAUGAAUUCACUCAAAGAGUUUGAUGGAAUUGAAGAAUCCAAAGAAUCUAGCCUGAUCCAGCAGCGUAAAGAGAAUUCAGACCAAGAAGUUAGUCAACUCUCCAAGUCUAUAUCGAUUGUGAAAUCUAUUUCUUUGAAUCCACAUAAAAAUCUUCCGGAGCAGAAUGCUCUUAUUGGAUAUUCAUUAAUGGUAGUUGCUCUGUUUGGGCUAACAAUGAGACACUUGUUUGCCAAAAUGGCUUUCUUUUAUAAUGAAAAUAUUACUCCUUUUGACCUUCUCUUAGCAAUUGGAGUGGUAAAUGUUCCCAUAUUCCUUAUCCUCAACAUAAUAGUGGGGACCGAGAUUAACCUGUGCAAGUAUGAGUGUAAAGUGCGGCUAACUGUAUUUAUUAGCUGCCUGGCUUCGAUAUGUGUGAUGACCCUAAUGAUGAGUGGCAUGGCUAUGAUAUCGAUUGCCAAGACUACAUUAAUAUUUGACUUGAAUCCUCUCUUCUGCAUCAUUAUGGCCUUUAUCAUCCUCAGGGAAAGGAUUGACUAUCCUUCAGUGGGUUUUACUUUUGGAGCAAUCACAGGGAUAUACCUCUUGGCUCUGAAUAAGUCAAGUGCAACUGAUGAUGAAGAAUCAAGUGCGUUUCUAGGGAUAUUCUUGGUUUUCCUUUCUUCAUCUAUUCAAGGUACAAUUAUGGUGUUGCUGAGGAUGCUUGCUAUUUACAAUGUGCAUUUCUUGGUCAGACCUUUAUAUAGUUCUGUGGGAAUUUGAAUAUUUUGUGGUCUGGUGUAUUUUCUGAUUCCAGGAAAAAUCCACUUCCCUGAUUACUCAGCAUUAGAUCUCUUGCUACUAUUUAUGAAUGCUUUGGGAUAUACAAUCUGUUUACCAGCACUUGCCAUGGCUCUGAUGUAUCAAAAGUCCUCCCAUCUAGCUCCAGUGAACUAUCUCGAAAAUGUGUUCGCUCUGUUGGCCGACUUCUUCAUUUUCAAAUACACCUUUGUGUGGACAGACUACUUAGGAAUGGGGAUCAUCUUCGUGUGCUUAUUAAUCCCAGCCAUUCUCAAAAUCAAGAACGAGAGCUAAGUUUCAACUUAAA